UUCACGAAUCACGUUUGGACAGCCAAGUGACGCCGGUUCUUUACCACUUGUUUUACAAAUAAUUCCAAAACCUCUAGCAAUCAUGGUGCUAGAAGAGAUGGGAGAGUUGUUAGAGAUGUUCAAGCACAGUUUUCCUCUUUCUUUUUUAUUUUUUAUCCCGAUUCUUGUAUUGAUUUCACCUGUAAACACAGCACAUGAGUUCUCAGCGUUUCGGAUGCAGCAGUACGAUCUUCAUGGCUCGCAUCAUGGGUGUCAAGCAGCACAGGUGAACAUGGAAGCCAGGCCAAUUGAUGCAAAAAUGAUCACAAGAAGAUGCAUUGUCACUAAAAUGAAAGAGUUUACAAUGGCAAAGUAUCGUGACUUGAUUCAGGAAAAUGCUGGUGCAUUACUCAUAAUACUUCCAAGAAAUCUCACUGCACUAUCAGAAGAUGACAGACAGCACUUACAGACAGUAGAGAAAGAUUUAGCAGAGGAAGGAAGCAUAAGUAUCCCUGUUUACUUUGCUGAAGAAACAGAUGAGCUACUACAGAUUUAUGAUGCUAUACAGCUUGGUAAUACUGGAGAUCAAGCAGCAUCGGCUUUGGAAGCCUUGAUGAGUGGAGCUAGUGCUAAUGGUUUUCAGAUGGUAGUAGGCGGACCUCAGUCAAAAAGCCUACCAGAUUUCCAGAUAACCAAUAUACAGGGCCAUCUGUCAGGGUUUGGAAUAGAAGAACAGUUACCUACAAUAGCUGUAGUGGCUCACUAUGACGCAUUUGGUGUUGCUCCUGGUAUGUCAGUUGGUGCAGAUUCAAAUGGCAGUGGUGUAAUAGCUUUGUUGGAGUUAGCUAGACUGUUUUCUAAACUUUACACAAACUCCAGAACUCAUGCAAAAUACAACCUCAUUUUCCUGCUGUCUGGUGGAGGUAAAUUUAACUACCAAGGUACAAAGAGGUGGAUUGAGGAUAAUAUUGAAAAUCAAGAGUCGAGUCUGUUGACAGAUGUAGCUUAUGUUUUGUGUUUGGAUAGCCUUGGUAAAUCAGACAAUCUCUUCCUACAUGUAUCAAAACCACCUAAAGAAGGAACAGCAGGACAUACUUUACUACAGAACAUAGAAGAUGUCAGCAAGUCAUUCUUUGAAGAAGUUAAAUUCAAGAUGAACCACAAGAAGAUCAACCUUGCCGAGGACAUGUUAGCUUGGGAGCAUGAGAGAUUUAGUAUCAAGAGGUUACCUGCCUUCACUAUGUCAAGUCUUGAGUCACAUAAAAACCCAGACCGAACAUCUAUAUUAGACAAAAGAGAUUCAGUAGAAGUUUCAAAGUUAACCAGAAACAUACAGAUCCUAGCAGAAGCAUUAGCUAAACAUGUAUAUAACUUAACUAGUCAGGGAAACCUUCGUCUCUUCUCAGAAGGAUUGGAGGUACAGACAGACUUGGUGUCUGCGUGGUUAAAUCAGCUCACAGCUAAGUCAAGAGCCACACAGUUACUACACAAAGAUCAUCAUUUAUUGAGCACACUAGAGGAAACCAUGAAUAGAUAUCUCAAGGAUGUUAAAAGAUCUACACUGAAAGCAGAUAAAAGGGACCCAGAGUUUAUAUUCUAUGAUGGAUCUCAGUAUGUCAUGAGUGCCUAUAAUGUAAAACCAGCAAUAUUUGAUUUAUUCUUAGCAGCAGGAAUCGUAGCUUACUUAGGAAUGGUUUAUCUUGUUGUACAGAAUUUCAGCUAUGUAUACCUCAUCUUACAGAAGUUCUCAAUUCCAAGAAAAACCAAAGUGCAAUGAGAAAUGAUUUGUUUGAUGUUGAAAAAGAUUUACAGAAUACUACAUUAAGAAACACAUUAAUGUGUUGUGAAUUCCAAAGAAUUGUUGUUUGUUCCCAAAAGAAGCUCAUAUUUUGUGAAUAUUAUGCAAUAACUGAACAAAUUUCUAUGGUCUUGGUGCAUUUUGUUGUAAAAAUGUUAAAUCUGUUUAUUUAUAUUUUAUAUAUCAGGAAGGAAUGUGUGUCUUGUAAAUUUUUCUACUGAGUUUUGUGUAGUUUAAGUUGUGUACUACAGUUGGCAUUUUAAAGAAAGACGUCUGUAUGUUAUGUUUCUACGAAAGUUGCAAAAUUGAUUUCUGCAGAAUAUGAGAUUACAAGUAAAGAAGCAAAUUUUUAUGAACAUUUGUAGAAUAUUCUGUGAAAUAUGGAUGGUACCAUUUAUACUAUAUAUGUAUUUAUAGAUAUGUAUGUGUGUUUUUUAAAUGCAGAAUGAAAUCCAUGUUCCAUAAGUUUUACAUACAUGAUAAUACAAUUACCAUAUAAACAGGAAAACUGCAAGUGUAAGUUAAUAGCAGAUUUUCAAUUAAAUUACAAUUUAAUUUUUAUCUUUUUUUGCUUUUAUUAACUGCAAUUUUGAUAAGAAGAAAUUAUUAAAAAAGAAAGAAUGAAAAAACUAUCUUUAUACUCAGUCCCAAAUUUCUUUUGAUUGGAUGAAAAAGUAGUUCUGAAAGUGUUUUUUUUUUAAUACCAGAUGGAUCAGUGUUGAAAUUCUUCCCUCUAAAACAGAAAUUAAUAAUAUUUUUUUUAUUUUUAAACAAAACCAGAUAAAAGUUUUAUAAAACAACUAAAAAAUAACCAAACAUAAUGAAUAUCUUACAAAUAUGAUUUUAAAUGUUUUUUUCUUGAUUUUGACAUUUUUGAUAAAGGUCAAUUUAAGAAGAAAGAAAAAAGUAGUCUGAAGGCAUUAUACUGAUACCAGAUAUAUUGGACUUUUGUAGAGUUAAAAGUCAAAAUGUCAUUUCCAAAUGUUAAGUUACAAUUUCUGUUGUAAAUGAGAAAGCUCCCCUUUCUGUGUAACAGCGAAUGUGUUUGUUUUGAAAGUGAAAAAGAAGAAAACUGGGUCAUUGUUUAGUCUUUUGUGAACAAUUAUAAGAGAAAAUUUUCCAAAGACAGUAUGUUUUUAAAAAAAAGACCAACAUAUUUAUCUCAAUAUGAGCUAUGGCUAAACUUUUUUCUGAAAGAGGUGUGCAUAAUCAAGGACCAUUGUAGGAAGCUUUGAAAGUUGAAAAACAAAUCAUGUAAAGGUUUUGAUAAGAUCACAAUUUUAAGUUCAUGAUUAGGUAACUGUCUUUGGCUUCUCAACUCAUGGUUAAUAUAGUGAAUAGUAAUGAAAGUUUAAAAGUAAAGCAAUUAGAUUUUAAUAGCAUGAAAUUGCAGCAGACAAAAAUCAGUGAUUUUGAUGCUUUAGUGUGAGAAAAAUACACCCACAUGAGAACUCAGAUUUACAGAAUUGAACACAACUAAGACUUGGUCAGCAUCCUUAAAAUUUGGUAUUUAUUCAGUUUUUAUCUGUCCUGCAUGAAGUUGUACUAGAACAAAUAUUUGUUAUAAAACCUGAAGAUAACCAGAUUUUGUACUUAACAUAAACAUUUAUUUAUACAAUCAUUUUUGUGAAUAAAAUAUUGAAUGUUA